AUGUCAGCCAAAUCCACCGGCAUAGAGGUGGCCGAGGUCCCCUCGGAGACCAUCCCCAGCCUCGAGGAGCUCAAAGAGGCCCAUGAGUUUGACCCCAAUCUUCCUACUGAGAUCGAAGAUGAACUAGAUGAUGCCUUGCGAAGCGGCGACGUCGAGGUCAAGGGACACCUUGAAGAUAUCCUUGAUGACUCACCCUAUCCCGAAGUCCGCGCUGCUGUUCCCAAUUACGAUGAAGGCGGCACUGGCAGCACCGUCCGAUCUUGGGUUCUGGGUCUGAUCUUCGCCACGAUUGGUUCCGGUCUCAACGCCCUUUUCUCACUGCACAGCCCAACUAUCAGUAUCACCUCCUAUAUUGCUGAAGUUGUUGUAUUCCCAUUUGGUGUUGCUUGGGCUCGAUGGCUUCCCAAUUGGACCUGGACGAUCUUCGGUCACACAAUGGAGUUGAACCCGGGCCCAUUCACAAAGAAGGAACACGCUCUCAUCACUAUUAUGGCCAACGCGACUUUUGCAGGAGGGUUCGCGUACACACUGGAUAUCUUCACGGCUCAGCGUGGCUUCUAUGGACAGCGUUAUGGCUGGCCCUUUGAAAUCUUCGUCACUAUCUCCACACAAACCCUGGGAUUCGGUCUUGGAGGUAUGCUCCACCGUUUCUUGGUCGAGCCGGCGGCUAUGAUUUGGCCUUCCAAUCUGGCCAAUACCGUCCUCUUCAGUGCAAUGCAUGAUCGUGGGUUAGGCUCGGCUGACCCAUCCAAGACCCACGGUUGGAAGAUCAACCGAUACCGACUGUUCAUGUACGUGAUGACCGGUGCCUUCUGUUGGUAUUGGUUCCCCGGUCUGAUCGCUCCAUUCCUGAGUGUUUUUGCCUUUGUCACCUGGAUCAAGCCCAACAACGUGAUUAUCAACCAGCUCUUCGGUGGUGCCACCGGUCUUUCAUUGAUCCCUAUCAGCUUCGACUGGUCCAUCAUCUCUGGAUAUGUCACAUCGCCUAUGUUGUCUCCCUGGUUCGCCAUUGCAAAUACUCUCAUUGGUAUGGUGGUGUGGUUCUGGGUCAUCACACCUGCCCUUCACUUUAGCAAUGUGUUCUACGGAAACUACUUGCCCAUUUCUGAUUCGAACAGUUACGACAACACUGGCCAGAAGUUCAAUGUUUCCAGGAUCUUGACCCCUGAAUACACCUUUGAUGAGGCCAAAUACUCGAGUUACUCCCCGCUUUUCCUCUCCACCACUUUUGCUCUGUGCUACGGUCUCUCCUUUGCUGGUCUAGCUGCUGUCAUCUUCCACGUUGGUCUUUUCCACGGAAAGGAUAUCUGGCGCCGAAUGCGCGAGUCCAAACAGAAGCAUGAGGAUGUCCACUCUCGCUUGAUGGCCAAGUAUGAAAAGGUGCCUAUCUGGUGGUACAUGUCUGUGUUGGUGGUGAUGAUCGCCAUCGGCUUGGCAGUGGUUCUCUCCUACCCUACUCACCUCUCCUGGUGGGCAUUCUUCGUCUCCAUUAUCAUCGCAGGAGUGUGGACCCUCCCUAUCGGAAUGAUCCAGGCUACCACUAACAUUCAACUGGGUCUUAAUGUCGUCACCGAGUUCAUCGUUGGUUACAUCCAGCCCGGAAAGCCCAUGGCCAUGAUGCUUUUCAAGACCUACGGUUACAUCUCCAUGUCCCAAGCCUUAUAUUUCUGCCAGGAUAUGAAGUUGGGUCACUACAUGAAGCUUCCCCCACGUGUCACAUUCAACGCCCAGAUGGUCAGCUGUAUCUGGUCUUCCGUGGUGCAAGUGGCAGUGCUGAACUGGGCCUUUGGCAGCAUUAAAGACAUCUGCUCCUCUACUCAGGCGAACAGCUACACUUGCCCCAACGGCCGCGUCUUCUUCAACGCCUCUGUCAUUUGGGGUGUGAUUGGCCCCAAGCGCAUGUACUCUAUCGGCCAGAUGUAUGCUAGCCUGCAAUGGUUCUGGUUGGCCGGCGCUGCACUGCCUAUCAUCAUCUGGCUGGCAGUCAAGAAGUGGCCUCGCAGCUCCAUUCGGUACCUCAACGCCCCUCUGAUUUUCAGUGGUACUGGCAUGAUUCCCCCAGCUACUCCUCUGACUUACCUGGCCUGGGGAAGUGUUGGAUUCGUUUUCAACAAGUUCAUUCGUAACCGCUGGCGUGGCUGGUGGAUGGAGUACAACUACGUUGUCUCCGCCGGUCUGGAUGUCGGUACUGCUUUGUGUCUCAUUGUCAUGCUCUUUGCCAUUAGUUUGUCCAACUCGUCGUUCCCCAGCUGGUGGGGAAAUACCGAGGCUCUGGCAACUUUGGACUACACCGGUGCUGCUAAGCAGAUUGUCCUCCCUGACGGAGAGACCUUCGGACCGACUCACUGGUAA